GGAAGCGAUUCACGGAGCAGUCGGUUUGCCCGUCCCCUCUCACCGAGCGCACUAUGUCCAAGCACGCGCGGGUGGUGUUGUUAUUCGGCGGUUUCGCCGCUCUUCUAGGAGCCGCCUUUUAUCCUAUCUACUUCCGGCCGUUGAUUUACACCGAGGAAUACCAGCAGGAACAAAAGGUGAACAGAACUGGAAUAAAGCAGGAGGAAAUUCAACCUGGAGGAAUGAAAGUCUGGUCUGACCCAUUCAAUAGGAAGUAAUCUCACCAUUGAUCAUGAAGAAUCCCAGAGGCUGACUAUUUUUUGCUAAUUAUUUUUUGAGUGAUGUGGAAAAGAAAUUGCCAUUGGCUGCAACUCAUUACUUCAGUCUUUUCAAGAUAAGAUUUACACUGUUUGAAAUGUGUUUUUGCAAAAUUCCCCACAUUUGUAGUGUUGGAUUGUUGUGACUUUCUCCCACAUGACGUAGUCACAGCUAAAUGUGACAUUUUUCUGGAAUCAUGUGAAUGUAAAGGUACUGUUUGAUUUUUAUUUCUCAAUCAUUGGCUAUGUUGUCUUACAUUUGUAUACUGCAGUGACUCCACCUAAUUUCACAAAUUUAUCAAGAUGUUUAUUUAUGCAAUAAUUGCAACAAACUGCAAAUGUAUGGACACUAUAUUUAAUGUUAAAUCUUUAAAAAGUCAUUAGCCCUUAUCCUGAUGAACAACAGAACUUUAAUUGAUGAGGCCUUAAGGAUUAAUAAUAGGUUCACAGAUAUUCCAGUGAUAGUCACGAAAAAAUUGCAAAUUACUUGUCAAUUUCAUCAACUUCUUGUCCAAUAUCUUGGAGAACUAACAGUCCUCGAAGUUUCAUAUUUAUGCAGAUCUGUUUUAAAACCUUACAAGUAAUUAAAAUAAGAAGAGUCUGAAAUAAAUCAUGUGAACAUUCCAAGUGGAUAACAGAACAUGUUACAGUGUCAAGUUUGUGCAAUACAGCAAAACACCAUUCUGUAAUAUGACAAAACUUCCCUACCUGUAAGUUUUCCCUGUGUUUCACAGGGGAAGAAAGAGUCAAGUUGAAGGAAAAGCUACUGAACUAGCAAGGAUGUGUGCUGUCCUUUUCUAACUGAUCUCCUUCUUGUACUUUCUACUUGUAAUACACUACUUGAAUGUGUGUUUUGCCUGAAGGAUGUGUGCUAUGAAGCUUUUUAUUGAAUAAAAAAUAUAUUAUGGUAA